UUUUUUUACAUUUUCCUAUUAGCCACCUAAUAUGCUAAAUAUAUUAACUUUCAACAGUAAGAGAUCAAUAUAUUGCGUGUUGAAUCAGUUGAGGUAUAUGAACACCAUAAGCAGGUGGUAUAGAGCAUGGGUGCAGUAUGUUAGUCAAAACAAAAUCAUAUAUAUUUCUUUACAUAUCAAGUCUGAUUACAGAUUGCUCCUUUCACUUGAUUAGAUAUAAGGUUCACGGCGCGUGUGACCGGUUAACAGGGGAUGCUUGAUUAUCCUACAUUGUACCUAUUGUCAUUUGAUCCCAUCUCUGGUGUUCCAGGGGCUCGUUCUUGCCCCACUGUCAAUUUUGUAUUCUUUAUAGUAUUUAUGAGAUUUAUCAUUUUUCCUCAUCUUUACUUUUUCAUACAUAUUUCUCAAACGUCAGAUAUCGGAAUUGACAAAUUUGAUUUAAUCUUAAUUGCCCAAUUCGAUCCAUAAUUUCUUUGGUUAUAUGAUUCAGAAAAGGAAUGUUGCAGUAUAUUAAUAUGUUUUACUAGUUUGUAAAAUAUUUAGGUUUUCAAGUCUCACUUAUUAAAUAAGUGAUUUUGGCUCUUUAGGUACCAUGUAUUGAAAUUUUACAAUUCUUUGUAAUCGCGCACCUCCCAACAAUUAUGGAGAUGAGUUAUGGCUAACGGUGAAGCCCCUAAAUCUUACAAGAAUGAUACUUUUUAGGGAAAUAUCAUUCUGGAUUCACCUUAAGUUAAAGAGGCUUGAUUUCGUCAACGAUCCCCCAACCCACUUUCUAACCCUCUGUAUCAUUUCAGGUUCAUGCAUUAUCCAUGAAAUUGAUUGACUAUGAAAACAACAUUUAACAAUCCCACUAAAUAUCAUAUUGAAACAAUACAUAAGUUUCCAAGAAAUGUAAUACGUUUAGAUACUUUGAAACAGACAAAUUCAGAGGUAUGUCUUUAAUUGUCAAAAUAUGGCAUACCAAUUUCGUUGCUACAUUAUAUGCAACCAUUUAUCUAUGAAGGGAUAAAAGAUGAAAGUAGCUGAAAUCUUUCAUUUACAUGCAUGCAAGGUGAAGAUAACGAACAGUGAUCAAUCUCUUCACUCCUACAAGCAAUACAAAAUAGAUAGUUGGGCAAACACGGACACCUGGACACACCUAAGGUGGGAUCAGGUGCCUAGGAGGAGUAAGCAUCCCCUGUUGACUGGUCACACCCGCCGUGAGCCCCAUAUCCUGAUCAGGUAAACGGAGUUUACAUGUAAUACAUUUUCACUAAUGUGGAGUCAUGGUACUUGUUGUAAACCUACUGACCAUUCCAUUACAGAAAAAAUAGUCAUGAAAGGUGAAGAUAACGAGCAGUGAUAAUUAUCAUAAAUCCCGUAAGCAAUACAACAUAGAUACAAAAUGUAUAACCUAUGAUAUUGACAUGUUGCAAAGGGUCGAAAACGUGGGAAGAAAUGCAGAAAAAAUCAACCCAGUUUGAUGUAUCCAGAGGACAAAACGUCUUUGGACAACAAGCUAUCAAAAGGGAAACAGUUUUAAAAUCACAGAAUUGAUCAAUUUCAUGAAAAUAUUUUGGACAGGUUUUUGAUCACCAUUUGGAAAAGUAUAUUACACAGAAAAGUUGAUAUCAAAAUUAACCGUAUUCCUACUUCGCAGGAUGAUGUUUUUCAUACAUAAGAAUUUCUACCUUAAACAUGCAGUUUCCCUCACAAAAAUUCACAAAAUGGUGUCAAAUUUCCCACAGAGAUUAAAUGGUAAAUACUUCAUUUAAACUUUAUGAAUCUACAAUACCACCUUGAUAAGGAAAAUAUUUAACAGCAGCAGAAAGUAUUCGCCAUUCAGUCAAACAUUUUCAGAAAUUGUAUAUUGCCAUUUUUAUGUGUAUUCCAUAUUGCAUAACAAAUUCAAAACAUCGUGUGAAGAGGCGCAAAGCAAAACUGAAUUGCUAUAUCUUGUAUGCAGUAUAUGUCUUUAAUAUUUCAAACAGGAAAAAAUUCAACAUUGGAAAAUGUCCAACAUCCAAAACCGUCGAUGGAUUUUUCGAAAUAAAGAGGUCCUAAGUUAGCUUUUAAAAUUAUUGUAAAAACAAAUAAGGAGGCAUCCAAAUCGGUGAAAAUAACGAAUUUCCUCGUGUUUAUCCACAUACUGACAGGUACGGCUUCAAAUAGAACACACACUUACCGACCCUUAAACGGACAUAUUUUGUAGACUAGAAUCAGCUUCAACUUUGUAAUAAAAUCGUAAAUAAAUGUAUGUAUUUGUUUUCAAAACCAAAAUCCAUGCAAAAUUCAAAUAUAUAUUCAAUUUGUUUUCGAAACUUUUAACUGUCUUAAAUCUGCGACAACCAUCUGACUUUUUAAAAAAAAACUUGAAGACCAUGAUUGUAUACAUAAACUCCGUUUACCUGAUCAGGAUAUAGGGCUCACGGCGAAUGUGACCAGUCGACAGGGGAUGCUUACUCCUUCUAGGCACCUGAUCCCACUUCUGGAGUGCCCAGGGGUCCAUGUUGCCCAACUUUCUAUUUUGUAUUGCUUAUACGAGUUAAGAGAUUGAUCACUGUUCAUUAUCUCACCUUUCAUAUUUACAAUUACAUCGUCUUCAAAUAACUUUUUACUGGGUUUUAAGUCCAUAUUAAUUUAAGUAAAAAUGCAGUCACCCGCCCUUUUCUCUAUAAUGUUAAAUGAUUUUUUUAGAUUGUUGAAUGAUUGAUUGUAUAUUGUUUAACGUUCCUAUCGAGAAUGUUCCACUCAUAUGUCAUCAAGACCGGUGAAGGGCUUCAAAUUUAGGUCUAUGCUCGGCGCUUACGGGCAUUGAGUAGUGAGGGUUCAUUACUGUGCCACACCUACUGUGACACAGGAUAUUCGUAUCUAAGGUCAUAUCCGAGGACCCGUGACAUUCACACCUGAUGCUGAGUGCUUAGUGAUUGAACUGUCUCUACCUACUUUAACGACUUUGGUAUGUUGCGGCCGGGAUUCGAACCCCGCCAUCCCACAUGCGAGGCGAACACACCGCGGUGGUCGCAUUGUUUACAGACCCAAAGAGAAAUUCACGUAAAUUUGAUAAAUUCCAAUAAUACAUGGGGUUUCUUUUAUAUUCACUGCCCUUCAAUUUGCAGUGAAGUUUUAUAUCUUAACAUUCCAAAAGUGUAUGAUAAAGUUUCCGAUCAUAUUCCAUAUUCAUAUCUAUAAAAUGUCAACAUCGUAUAUCACACGAUAUUAGUAUCUUUCACAGAGUAGUACGAACAAACAACAUAUUUUCCUGUCACUUAGAUAAAGAAAGGCGGACGGAAAUAUCAACAAAGGUCGUUGAAAACUGAGAGUGAUUAUGCUUAGUACCAGAUCCUUAAUGAGUUCUCUCUGAAGGAUUUUCUCACAACCACAAUUUAUCCGUUCUUUAUGAUUGUCAAAGGAAAUUAUGAAUUUUAAUCAACACUACAUCAUAUUGAUGAAAUAUUUUCAUGCAGUUCUUCCAAUAGUUUCAAUUAAAAUUCCAGAAACAUGGACAUAUACAGUUUGUACACAGUCUCAGCAGAUAUCAACUAAUGGUUCUUUUCACGCCAGUGGUUCUCUGUCUGCCAGUCGUGGUUGUGAUGACGACAUGGAGACCUUCUCUCUAACUAAUGAUGGAGUUAAUCAGUCCUGGUCUCUUGAUUUCGACGAUAUUUAUAGAAUUGAUUGGAUCUUUCUUUCCAUUGGUGCUGGAACCUACAGUAUAUAUGUAGAACUAAUUGGGGGUGAUUCGCCUGUGAAGUGUACGGAUCUCACACAAUCUGAAGACAUGAAACCUACACCGUUUCAGGAGCUGAUUACAUGUGAAUAUCCCAUUGAUGCCUACAGGAAAGGAAAUAGAAUCAGGAUAACUCGGACAGAAAAUGGACCAAUCAAAGUGUUUGAAUUAAAACCAAUAGGACUUUUUGGCAUUAAUCGAUCAGUGCAACUGAAUUUUACGGAAUCUUCGAAUGGAUUUUCCAAAGCUUUAGAUAACGACAUGGACACUUAUUACCAAUCACCAGAACAGGUCCAGGCGUCUUGGUUCCUAAAAUUGGACAGAAACUAUGUGAUUAAGUGGAUUCUUAUAUCGACCAGGGGAGGAAAUUAUGAAGUACACAUAAAAGAAGAUGACGCAAUAACGAGUUCAUCAACACUGUGUCAGAAUUUCAGUCUCCAUGGAAUAAAACAACAAAACAACGCCUUGGAAUGUUACAAAGAAAUGAAGGGUGAUACUAUUCUAAUAAAAAGAACUGAUGACGGACCAUUGAGGCUGUUUGAAGUGUACCCUAUAAUAUGCCCUGCAGGUCGCUAUGGACCAAACUGCGCUAAAUGCAGGAAGGAGUGUGUGCCCUGUAGUCCUAUAACAGGUGUCUGUAACCAAUGUCAAGGACCGUUCUAUGGUGACUUCUGUCAGAAUCAAUGUCCAACAAACUGUCUCAACGCUACGUGUGACCAGACAUCAGGGACAUGUGAGAGCUGUAUAGAGGGUUACUAUGGAAAGUGUUGUAAUCAUGAAAUUACUACAGUACCAUUUAAAGAAACUAAAGUGUCCACGCGAAAAUUCAACAAUGACGAGGUCACCACUAACUGUGAUGAGGACACCACCAUUACUGACAAAAUGGUUGCCGAACAAGAUGCUGAUAGAGAGGUAUAUAGCCAGACUGUCAUAUUGCUGACUGUUCUCGUGGUGUUAAUUCUGGUAUUGGUCCUAACUGUGGUUGUCCUCUUCAACAAAAGCAAGAGAACAAGAAAAGACAAAACAGAAAAAGAAAAUGGCCUCCUCGUGGAAUUCCAUAGAGUGGAGUCACGAAAUGAGUCGGAGCUGGAGGAGAUUCCUCAGGACGAGUCUAUCUUCGUAGAGGAGGAAAUCGUUACCGUAGAGUACAGUAAUUUGAUGUCGCAAAGAAUUUCUAUUGAUCAAUUCAUUAGAGAAUUACCAGAGAAAAAGGACAACGAAGUACUAGCGAAAGAAUUUAACGAUCUUCCCAUCGGGCUACUAGAAUCCCAUUCGAAUGCCCUGAGGGCAUCCAACAGAAAGGGAAACCGAUACAAAGGAAUUUAUCCAUAUGACUAUAAUCGUGUGAAGUUGAUGAGAGAAGAUUCAAAUGACAGCGAUGACUUUGUCAAUGCAUCCUACAUUAAUGGUCUCAACAAGGAACGAAGUUACAUCGCUGCGCAAGGUCCUUUCACCCCCAAGACGUUGGAGGAUUUCUGGACCGUGAUCUGGCAGAACGACUCAACACGGAUCGUUAUGCUGACUAAUCUUUACGAGGGAGACAGAAUGAAGUGUCUGAAGUACUGGCCGGAUACGCUGCUGGACAUCGGACCUUACGUCAUCACACUGGACACUGUGGACGUGUAUGAUCACUAUGUCCUGCGAUAUAUGACUGUUCAACAUCAGGAUGAAGAGAAGAGGGUAACACAGUUCCACUUCACCACUUGGCCGGACAACUCCGUCCCAGAUGAUAUGACGUCACUCAUAUGCUUCCGUAACCUAGUAAGAAAUGGACUGAGCAUUUCAGAUGGGCCAGUGGUCGUCCAUUGCAGCGCCGGGAUUGGUAGAACGGGGACGUUUAUCUCCCUUGAUUAUCUCCUGGAAGAGAGCGUUAUGGAGCAGACCAUUGAUGUCAGGGGAUAUGUUGCUUCUCUAAGACAGCAGCGGGUAGGAUCUGUACAAACAUGUGAGCAGUACACCUUUCUCCAUGAUGCACUGGUCGAAGGACUUACAAACAUGAAUGUUCGCCAUAGCUGUCUAUCUGUGUUGUAAUGCUGUUUUGUCAGGCCGUGCGGUCUGUUCUGCUAUUAUGGAUUUUCAAACUGUACAUGCGUUUCUGCGGAAUUAAUGUUUUCAUUUCUGCGUGAUUAAUGUAAAUUUUAAAAUAUUUCAUUGUUCCAAAAUUAAUAUGAUACGUACUUAAUUAGAGAUUGAAUGUAUUGUUAAUGUUAGCCUUAGAAUUGCAUUAUCUCUAGAAAUAAAUUGAGCGUAUUAGCAUAAAAAAUUUAAUAAACAUGAGAAUAAUUGUCAA